CGGGGCUAAUUGGGUCACACACACAAAUGAAACAAAAUCCUUUCCGAAAUGAAACCCUAAAAAAACACACAAAAUUACACACUUAAAAAUGGGCGAAAUCAGAAUCCACGACGAUGAAGAAGAACAACAACAAAAUCCUGAUAACAAUAACAACAAUAACAACCACAUUACAAAAAAACCUAAAUUAUUACAAACACAACAAUAUAUAACCCAAUCACAAAUCCAACAAGAGUUCUCUCACCACCUGCCCGGCGUUGCCCGAAUCAACAACGGCAGUUUCGGCAGCUGCCCGGCCUCCAUAAUAUCUGCCCAAAGAAACCUCCAGCUAAAAUAUCUCCAACAACCCGAUGAUUUCUUUUUUAAUUAUCUUCCAGACCGAAUUAUCCGGUCUCGCACUAUAAUCAAGAGUCUAAUCAAUGCAGACGAUAUCGGCGAGGUUUCGAUAGUCGAUAACGCCACCACGGCGGCUGCGAUCGUUCUGCAGCACGUCGGGUGGGGGUUUGCUGAAGGCAGGUUUAAGAAAGGAGACACUGUUGUGAUGUUGAAAUGCGCUUUUCAGGCCGUUAAGAAGUCGAUCGAGGCGUACGUCCAGCGCGCUGGAGGUGAGGUUAUUACUGUAGAUUUAAGUUUUCCUGUUGUUAAUGUUGAACAAAUUAUUGAUGAAUUUAGGUUAGGGUUAGUUAAAGGGAAAGCCGAGGGGCGGGUUGUUAGGUUAGUUAUAAUUGAUCAUAUUACGUCUAUGCCGUCUGUUGUAUUGCCCGUUAAGGAGUUGGUUAGAAUGUGUAAGGAUGAGGGUGUGGAGAAUGUGUUUGUGGAUGCCGCUCACGCGGUUGGGAGUGUGAAAGUUGAUGUGAAGGAAAUCGGGGCGGAUUUUUAUGUUAGUAAUUUGCACAAGUGGUUCUUUUGUCCGCCGUCUGUUGCAGUGUUGUAUUGUAGGAAGAGGAAUGCGUCGUUGGAUUUGCAUCAUCCGGUUGUUUCGCAUGAGUACGGGAACGGGUUAGCGAUCGAGAGUGCGUGGAUAGGUACGCGUGAUUAUAGCUCUCAGUUGGUUGUUCCGGAAGCGGUUGAUUUUGUUAAUAGGUUUGAAGGUGGGAUUGAUGGGAUUAUGAAAAGGAAUCAUGAAGCUGUUAUUGAGAUGGGGAAUAUGUUGGCGAAAGCUUGGGGUACGAGUUUGGGGGUGCCUCCUGCGAUGUGUCCAAGUAUGGCGAUGGUUGGGUUGCCGUCGUGUUUGGGGGUUUUGAGUGACGAUGAUGCUGUAAGGUUGAGGAAUCAUUUGAGAGAGACGUUUAGUGUUGAAGUUCCUAUACAUUAUCAGGCGUUGAGAGAUGCAGAAAUUGGACCGAGAGAUGAACGUGGCGGUUUUGUUACAGGGUAUGCUAGGAUUUCUCACCAGGUGUACAAUACAGUUGACGAUUAUAUUAAAUUCAGGGAUGCUGUAAUCAAGCUUUUGCAUGAUGGUUUUAAUUGCAAGACGCUGCUUCCGAGAGAACAAUAAAGUUAGUUUAUCGUCACCCUUUUCUUGUUGUUAUUUCCUUUUGAAAGUCAUAAGUUGUGAUAUGCCGUGUAGAAUUUGUGCUUUGCACUGAGCUGUUUAGUGUUUUGUACAACAAGGAUAUUCUUUACACAAUAUCAAUCUCAUAGGGUAGCUCUUUUUAAGCUAA